AUGUGGCACAUGGCGUUGGCGCGCUUAUUUCAUGCGCGGCAGCUCCAUCUAUGCCAACAUGCGCAUGGGCGUGGCUGCGCCAAGAAAAUGGUGCUUUCCAGGAUCACGGACACGGUCGAGAUGCAUAGAAAUAUCCAUUACCACGUGAUGAUCGGCAAGCCCCCGGGCAGGGAGCAGCAGGCAACCCACCAAGCAAUGCAGGCAUUGAUAAUCCUGGUGGAUUCUAGCAAGGCCUUCAACAGUGUGGAUCCCGCGAUUCUCGCGAAGAGACCACAGAGUUUCUCCGGCAACCGCUUGAAGCACUGGCUCCGAAACUUCCUUGCACACCGCUAUGCGCAAGCAAAGCUUGGAAACCCAUUAGGCAAACAGUGUGCCCUAAAGGCUUAUAGCCUCAAGGAACCGUUUUUGCACCACAACCAUCCCCCCUGCAAGCCACCCCUCUCCCAGAGUUGCUGGUAG